UCGCGAUCGCAGUUCAUUUCAUGUCGGUAGAGGGAUUGCCUGACUGAAGCUAUUCCUCCAACGACACUCGGAGACCGCUAAUAUUUUGUCGUUCCCUGGGCUUGAAUUGCAGGGUAACGAUGGCGAAAUCGAGCGCAGACGACGAGGAGCUCAGGCGAGCUUGUGAAACCGCUAUAAACGACGGUGGUGGUGGCAAAGAGAAGGUCGUCUUGUCGAUCCGCGUUGCAAAGAGCCGUGGGAUAUGGGGUAAAUCGGGAAAAUUAGCUCGUAACAUGGCCAAACCUAGAGUUCUCGCCAUCUCCGCCAAAUCUAGAUCUAAAGUUUUUCUUCGCGUCUUGAAAUAUUCUUCUGGUGGAGUCCUUGAGCCUGCAAAAUUGUACAAGCUAAAGCAUCUUUCUAAAGUGGAGGUUAUUGCGAAUGAUCCCAGUGGCUGUACAUUUUUGCUGGGAUUUGAUAACCUUAGGAGCCAGAGUGUUGCCCCUCCUCAGUGGACUAUGCGGAACAUUGAUGAUAGGAAUCGUCUUUUACUUUGCAUCUUAAACAUGUGUAAAGAGAUUCUGGGCCGUCUUCCUAAGGUUGUUGGUAUAGAUGUCGUUGAGAUGGCACUUUGGGCUAAGGAAAAUACACCCACAGUCACCAACCAAGCAAAACCUGAAGAUGGGGUUCCAGUUGCAUCUGUUGAGACAGACAAUGACUUGACAUUGACAGUAACCGUCGAAAAAGAUCUAGUUUCACAAGCUGAAGAAGAGGAUAUGGAGGCUCUUCUUGGCACUUAUGUCAUGGGUAUUGGUGAAGCCGAGGCUUUUUCUGAAAGAUUGAAGCGAGAACUUCUUGCCUUGGAAGCGGCAAAUGUGCAUGCCAUUUUGGAAAGUGAACCUUUGAUAGAGGAGGUAUUGCAGGGGCUAGAAUCAGCAUCAAUUUGUGUGGAUGAUAUGGAUGAGUGGCUGGGCAUUUUUAAUGUAAAACUCAGGCACAUGAGAGAGGAUAUUGAAUCGAUAGAAACUCGUAAUAAUAAGUUGGAGAUGCAGUCUGUAAAUAAUAAAGCGCUUAUUGCAGAGCUUGAUAAACUUCUUGAACGGUUGCGUGUUCCUUCUGAGUUUGCAGCAUGUCUAACAGGGGGCUCUUUUGAUGACGCACACAUGCUUCAAAAUAUUGAAGCAUGUGAAUGGCUAACGGGUGCUUUACGUGGGCUAGAAGUACCUAAUUUGGAUCCUGCUUGUGCAAACAUGCGAGCUGUUAGAGAGAAGCGUGCGGAGCUUGAAAAAUUAAAAACGACAUUUGUACGUAGAGCUUCUGAAUUCUUGAGAAGCUACUUUGCUAGUUUGGUGGAUUUUAUGAUAGGCGAUAAGAGUUACUUCUCGCAGAGGGGACAGUUAAAGAGGCCUGAUCAUGCUGACCUGCGGUACAAAUGCAGGACAUAUGCACGCCUUCUGCAACAUCUAAAGAGCCUCGAUAAGAAUUGCUUGGGCCCAUUGCGGAAAGCUUAUUGUGGCUCCCUUAAUUUGCUUCUUCGCCGGGAGGCCCGAGACUUUGCCAAUGAGCUUCGUGCUAGCACAAAGGCAUCAAGAAAUCCAACAGUCUGGCUUGAAGCAUCUGCAGGUUCCAAUCAGACUGUGAACAAUGCAGACACUUCUAAUGUUUCUGAUGCAUACGCAAAGAUGCUUACAAUUUUUAUACCCCUCCUUGUUGAUGAGAGUUCAUUCUUUGCACAUUUCAUGUGCUUUGAAGUUCCUGCACUUGUUCCACCUGGAGGUCCUGCCGCUGGGAACAAAAAUGGAUCUAAUGAUGAUGUAAAUGAUGACGAUUUGGGCAUCAUGGACAUUGAUGACAACGACAGCAAAGCUGGUAAAACUUCGGGGGAGCUGGGAACAUUAAAUGAAUGUCUUCAGGACUUGCUUGAUGGGAUCCAAGAAGAUUUUUAUGCCGUGGUGGACUGGGCAUACAAGAUUGAUCCUUUACGCUGCAUAUCAAUGCAUGGAAUUACAGAGCGUUAUCUUUCUGGUCAAAAAGCUGACGCAGCAGGAUUUGUACGCCUUUUGCUUGAUCACCUAGAGUCAAGAAUUUCGAUGCAGUUCGGCCGGUUUGUUGAUGAAGCUUGCCACCAGAUUGAGAGGAAUGAGCGCAAUGUUAGGCAGAUGGGUGUCUUAUCUUAUAUCCCAAGAUUUGCAACCCUUGCAACACGUAUGGAGCAGUAUAUCCAAGGGCAAUCCAGGGACUUGGUUGAUCAGGCUUACACAAAACUUGUUAGCAUAAUGUUUGUGAUACUGGAGAAAAUUGCACAAACUGAUCCAAAGUAUGCUGACAUUGUGCUUUUAGAGAACUAUGCAGCAUUCCAGAACAGCCUUUAUGACCUAGCCAAUGUUGUGCCCACGCUCGCAAAGUUUUAUCACCAGGCAAGUGAAUCUUACGAACAGGCUUGUACACGUCACAUCAACAUGAUAAUAUACCACCAAUUUGAAAGACUUUUCCAGUUUGCCCGAAAAAUUGAAGAUUUGAUGUACACAAUCACACCAGAGGAGAUCCCUUUCCAGCUUGGCCUGUCAAAAAUGGAUCUCCGAAAGAUGUCAAAAUCUAGUUUAUCUGGUGUAAGGUUGACAAGUCCAUCAGUGCAAUGUAUAGAAGGCUACAAAAGAACUUGACUUCUGAGGAAUUGCUGCCAUCUUUAUGGGAUAAAUGCAAGAAGGAGUUUCUGGACAAGUAUGAUAGCUUUGCACAACUGGUUGCUAGGAUUUACCCCAAUGAGACGAUCCCAUCUGUAGCAGAGAUGAAAGAGCUUCUUGCUUCUUUGUAGAGGGAUAAAGUUGGUCUCUUUCAGAUGUGUACAGUCUUACAGGAUGCUGUCUGGGUAAAAGGGUAUGUAGUUUAUCCUCUUUUUUUUUGUGUGUGUGUGUGAGCGCGUGUGUGUUUGUGUGUAAUUCAAUUUAUUCUUAGGUGAAUAGAGUUGUAUCAGAUGUUUCUCUUGCCCCUCCGAUGGGAAGAAUAAGUACUGUUGUCUAUAUCAUCUUUGGUUUGGGAAAUUAGUUUCUCAGUUGGUUCCA